CGCCUGUUCCCCACAGUGGACGUGCCCGACCACGCCCAUUACAUCAUUGGCUCAGUCAUCCUGUUGGUUGGGGUGACGGGCAUGCUGGGCAACGCUGUGGUCCUGUACGUGUCCUGCCGCAGCCGCACGCUUCGGUCGCCUAGCAACCUGCUGGUGGUCAACCUGGCGGCCGCAGACUUCCUGAUGUCUGUGACACAGUCGCCGGUCUUCUUCGUGGCGAGCCUGCGGCGCCGCUGGGUGUUCGGGGAGGUUGCCUGUGAGCUGUACGCCUUCUGCGGGGCGCUUUUCGGCAUCACCUCUAUGAUGACGCUGACUGCCAUUGCCGUGGACCGCUGUCUCGCCAUCACGCGCCCCCUGGCCCUACUGGGGGGGGUGACCCGGCGCCGGAUGCUGGCCGUAAUGGCGGCGGUGUGGCUGUACUCGCUGGGCUGGAGUCUGCCGCCAUUCUUCGGCUGGAGCGCUUACGUCCCCGAGGGCCUGCAGACGUCAUGCAGCUGGGACUACAUGAGCUUCACCACCACCGUCCGCACCUACACCGUGCUGCUGUUUGCCUUCGUCUUCUUCCUCCCUCUGGGUCUCAUCGCCGUCUGCUACUUUGCCAUCUUUCGAGCCGUGAGGCAUGCAGGCCGAGAGGUCCGGCAGCUGAACAGCGGGCGGAGCGACAAGGCGUACGAGCGUCUGCGCAGUGAGUGGCGACUGGCCAAAGUGGCUCUCGGCAUCAUCUUGCUGUUCGUCGUCUCCUGGUCGCCAUACUCGGCGGUCGCUCUGAUGGCCACAGCGGGCUACGCCGACCUGCUGACGCCCUACAUGAACUCAGUUCCUGCCGUCAUCGCCAAGGCGUCGGCCAUCCACAACCCCAUCAUCUACGCCAUCACGCACCCCAAAUACCGCGCUGCCAUUGGGCGCUACGUGCCGCUGCUGGGUGCCGUGCUGGGGGUGAGGGAGAAGGACCCCCGCUCCUUUAGCUCCGGCAGCGCCUCGUCUCAUCGAACCACACUGACCAGUCAGAGCUCGCAGGCUGUCCGGCUGAGCGCCUACCGACCCACCGGCCGCUGGGGGAGGAGCCGGCUGUCCUCCGCCUCAGACUCAUGCUGGACGGAGAGCGAAGCCGAUCGCUCCAGGAUCGGAUCAGUGGCCUUCUGCCAUGGUUCCAUCGAUUUCACCGCCGAAAUGGCAGGCCCCGCCUCCCCCAGCUCACCUGACCGGGGGGCUGGAGCAGAUACUAAACCGCUGCUGUGA